CAUACACACAAUCAGGGUUGCGUCGAAGGCAUGACUGAAAGCGGGGCAUUAGAUCGUCUGAGGACGUGUUGCUCCACGUGUGUUUCCCUGUGCCGCGGAAAGCCCUCAGGCGUCGGCUUGCUCUCCUGCUGCGGUCGAGGCCCUGUCAUGGCAGCCUUCAAGGGGAUAUGGACCCAGGAGUUCUGGCGCUGCGUGGGGGCCGAGUUCCUGGCCACGCUGAUCUUUGUGCUGCUGAGCCUGGGCUCCACCGUCAACUGGGCGGCCGGAGAGGAGAGGCCGCCCCCUCCGGACCUGGUGCUGAUCUCCCUGUGCUUCGGCCUGAGCAUCGCCACCCUGGUGCAGUGCUUCGGACACAUCAGCGGCGCGCACAUCAACCCGGCCGUCACCGCCGCCAUGGUGGUCACCCGCAGGCUCAGCCUGGCCAAGGGCGUCUUCUACCUGGCGGGGCAGUGUCUGGGCGCCGUGGUGGGAGCGGCCGUCCUCUACGGGGUGACGCCGGCCUCGGUCAGGGGCGGCAUGGGGGUGACCACGGUCAACGCCGACAUCUCGGUCGGCCACGCCCUGGUCGUGGAGCUCUUCAUCACCUUCGAGCUGGUGUUCACCGUCUUCGCCACCUGCGACCCCAAGCGCGAUGACCUCAGAGGCUCCUCCGGCCUGGCGAUCGGCCUGGCGGUGUGCAUCGGACACCUGUUUGCCAUCCCCUACACUGGUGCCAGCAUGAAUCCGGCCCGCUCCUUUGGCCCUGCCAUGGUCACCUGGAGCUGGGAGAACCACUGGGUGUACUGGGUGGGUCCGGUGCUGGGCGGGGCCCUGGCGGCAGGCCUCUACGACUACCUGUUCUGCCCCGACCCGGAGCUGAAACAGCGCUACGCCGAGGCGCUCUCCAAGUCCUCCUUCCCCUCCGCCAAGUACCACGAGGUCCAGGCCUCCCUCGCCGCCGAGCGCGACCAGCUGGUCGCCGAACGCACCUUCACGGUCAUGGACGUGGAGCGGGCCCAGCGGAAGGAGAGAGAGGAGAGGGAGAGACAGAGGGAGGCGUCGGGGGAGGUGCUGUCCUCUGUAUGACUAGCGCGGCGCACUGGGAGAGAAGAGCAGGCUGUGCAGAUCGACGCCCCGUAUCCAGCCCUCAAGGAGACUGACCUCUUGUAGUGAGAUUCCCCCCUGGGGCUCUCAUCUACAGGCUGAACAUCUACAGACUGAAGGACAGUCCGACCUAACUCAAAGUGAACCCGAUUGUAGAAACCUCCUAGAUGGGGCCCGUUGUAACCGACCUUACUGACCUACUUGAAAUUCCGCACACCGUUCUUGCUGUAGAGGUAAACACAGACCAACUAGUCUGAGAGGUCAGAGGGGGCAAACUAAAAAUGAACUUUUGAGCAGAUGGAGGAGGUCAUGUUUGUAGGUGGGGUUCAGACGGCAAUGGAAGUCUGUCUGUCUGCUCGUGAACUCACAUCGCAGGUACUUCUUUCUCAGUGCACGAGGCCAGAGAUUGCACCUUUUUUUUACUGGUUUAGCAUGGGGUGCUCAGGGAUGUCCUGGUAUUGUCCCCGUAUCUAACUGAAGCGACUGUGGGGAUUUUCCUACACAGUACUGUAGCAGUAGGAUUUGAAUCAGAUCAUUAUUGCGUAGGUGUGUAUAUUAUGCAACGGGGUUGUGCAAGGUGCACCACUAAUUGUUGCUUUAUGGGUUGCUGUGGAAAUGUGUGUUCUUCGAAUCUACUACUUUGAAUCUGUUUGUUUUGAUCCUUUCUACACUGUCGUCAUCUAUCAGCUGCCCUCACCUUAUCCCCUUGAAUCAGACACACAAUCACCCUUUGUUGUCUUACUAAAUGAAUUUGGUGGGAUGAAGUGCAUUACAUGUUGGGGGUCAGAUGGCUGAGCGGUUAGGGAGUCGG